CGCAGGAAUAUGGAUAUGUCAGGAUCGAAAUCGACCAAAUCGAAAAAUUUGUGAUGCAUAAAAUGUAGGGCACUGAAGGCCUGUAUUGGGGAGCAAGCAAAUGAGGCCGAUUGUAAGCCUGUUUAGGGGCAUGCAAUGUGCUGCCAGAGUAGCAUGACAGGAGCAGCCUUCUUUGCCCAAACAGAAUGACAGACUCGAUGUGGGUGCCCCCGAAAUUUGUCAUGUGCCACUUGAAAACUGGGGCUCCAACUGACGUCGAUUUUGUGCAUCACAAGUUUUUCGAUUUUGUCAAUUUCGAUUCUGACACUUCCAUAAGGAAGAGGAUGUUGAUAUGGCGGGCUCUGAAACUGCGCCGCAUAGUAUGUUGACACGGGGGGCACAACGAGGACCAAGAGGUCCUCGGACGAGGGCGAUGAAUGUGACUCUGCUACCUAUUGAGGCUGUGGGCGGUAGUAGCAAGAAUGAAACUACUAGCUCAGCAGGAUCACGUGGCGCCGCCACCAAUUCUUCUGGAGCAGAAAAAGUGCAUUCAGCAACGAGAUUGAAUGCCGCGACAGCCCCAAAUUCAACAGCUUUUCGUUGUAACAAAGUUCAAGCUUUUAUGGACACACUCAACGGCAUCGUCGUGCGGAACCCACCUUACGUACAUCCGAAAGUGACCAUGGCCGAGCGACGAGCGGUAGUGGUGCAGCGAAGGGCAGAAGAGGAGGACCGGAAGCGGAAGGAGCUAUUUGAACAGCUGAAACACAACACACUGAGAAAUCCGGCGAUAAUUAAUGCGAAUAUCCUGUGCAAAAGUAUCGUAUUCGUAUAAAUGCAAGCCUUGCAUUACAAAUCUUUGUCUUAAGGUAAAUCCGCAUUACAAAUUUCAUUUCUCAUGCUGAGAAAAUUUGUAAUGCAUUUCUACGAGUGCGAUACUUUUGCAAUUCAUAGCGAAUUUCCUGGACCAAUCUCCGGAGAGCGUGCUCGAAUAUCAAAUGUAAAAAUGUCUGGGUCGGUCUGGAAGAAUGCAUGUUUGUCAUGCUUGUCUGGCAUGACUCUUAAAUCUGUCAUGCACGUUACCCAAGAGCCCCACUUUUCUGUCAUGCAAAAACGCAGUUUGUCAUGCAGAAUAGGCAUCAUAUAGAAGCUCAGAAACUUGUCAUGCUGAGCCAGCACCUGUGGCCUCCUCAUGAUACGCCACCCAGCAUCACAAGUUUCCAGACCCAGACACUUUUACAAUCCAUAUCGAAGAUUUAGACGCCAUUGACGCUGCCUAAGCCUGGGACAAGAUGAACCUAUUGAGUCCGUCGUGGUGUCAUGCUGGAAAUGAUUUGUCUUUGCCCUGCAGUGAUCUUCAUCUCCGCUAAAUCCUAUACCCUGGAUCGCACAUCACAGGGAACGCAACCUCGCACGCUCAUCACAUAAACGAGCUACAGUCGACGUGUUGAUGUUGCGCGGAGUUCUGUCUUGUUGUCAUUUUUUCCCAUGUCGCAUCACAAAGUUUGGGAGAACGACGAUAUAUCACGCUUACCUAGUACUCAAGUGCGGUUGGUGGUCACUAUGUCGAUCAGAAAGAUGUAGAGUAGAUGCAGAGGCUUGUAUAUUUUCAUCCCGUUCUUGUUGUUCAUGUUCAUCACGACCCCGUGUCGCUGACUCUCAGACAGUUCUUCCAUUUUCAUAAUUCAGACGAAAGCCUUCGUACCAGCUUCCAACGCAGCGUGAGCGAGACCAUCGGGCAUCAAGCUGACAGUAUGGCAAGCCUGGGAAACCAGCGACAGCAGA